CAUGUCAGCGCCCAUGGCGACUGCCUCUCUUCCUUCACGGCCGUAGAGCAUUCGAACAGAUUUUUCUUCAAUUUCAUCAAUUAAAUGUGCUUCUCACAUUCUACAAGUAGUGAUAAAACACAGAAAAUUAUCAUCUGGUAAAUUACUAAAAUCUAAUAACUUUAGUCGAAGUCGUCACACAUAAAAUCUUGCAAGUUAUGGCAUCACGACAAAAUAAGCAUUAUUCUGACCAGGGCCGUUCUGAUCCAGAACAGAGGUGUAAGUGUCAGUGGACAGGUACCAGUAAAGCUAGGAAGAGAUGUCCAACAUGUGAUGGGCCAAGGGGUGGAUCACACGAAACACCUGGUAAGAGAAAGGAGACUGGACACGAAAAAACCAAAGCCAAAGGAGUCGAAAUGUGUCGUGGAAGAAACAAAGGGAGUAUGACAUGUAAAGAUGAAUCGACAGCAGGGGCUUCCACAUCAAGGGAAGAUGAUGAAUUAGAGAUUCCUGGAUUUUAUUAUGACAGAGAAAAAAAGAAAUAUUUCCGAAUUCUACCAGGGCAUAAUAACCCAAGAGGCUCAACUACCUCAAGCCUUGUUACAGAGGAUGUUGUAAAACUGAAAGUGGAGGAGCAACAAAAAGAAAAAUAUCUGAAAUUAAGAGAAGAGCAAAGAAAGUCUGACCUACUUCAAACAAUCAAAAAACGAGAGAAGUCAGUUAAUUUGGUGACUCUGCUAGAUGAAAUGAGGACUGGUUUAAGCUCAGAUGUCCAUUUUCAACGGUCAGUCUUGACCAGUAGUAUGUCCAAUCUCAAGUAUUGUGGAAAGCAGAAAAUUACCCACCAGCCCUUAAUGUCCCAGUAUGCCUCUUUUGAUUCUAUUGUAAGCAUGGUGCCUAACUAUGAAAGAGACAAACUACUGUGUGUGUGGUCCAGUAGGUACUCCAUGACCAUGAGAAUUCAGUCUCUGAAGAUAGAUAUCAACCCAAAGGUGACAAAAAUGGCGUCCCCUUGUACAGUGACACCAACAGGUGCUUCUAUACAGAGUAGUGCUAAGGUAACAAGUGCUUGCUGGGCACCACUCUCACGUGAAAAUAAUAAUGAUAAUCAUAAUAACCAAUGUCGCAUAUUGUACACAACAAUAGGACACCUGAACAUGGACCAUCCCAGCCUUGCUUUGUUCAAAGACUUGGAAUUCACUAGUGUUGAAGAGAGGGCUAGGUUUGUGGACUUUAAUCUAGGUUUCAAGGCCCUAUGGUGCUGUGCCUGGUGUCAAUACACGAAACGGUUCUCUGUUGGCUCGGAAAAAUGUGGAUUGUUGGUGGAUGUGGAGACAAGGAAACUGUGGGAACUACACAGUAAAAACAAUGAUAUACUGUCACAAACUUUUACUGAGAAUGGUACACUACUGUACAGUGGCACCAAGAACCCAGGCUGUGUAUUAUGUCAUGACUUGAGGAGUAUCUCCACUCGUUAUGUGUACUCUCUGCCACAGGGCAAGGGUGUGUGUUGCCUGAAACUGCUCAAGGAUGAGAAUUACUUACUUGCUGGAAACUUUCCUGGAAAACUUGCUCUGUGGGACCUGAGGAAGAGACGAGUGGUGCAUGAGUACCCAAGACACAAGAACCAGUACUUCAGGCUGCAGUUCUCAGUUGAUGACAGGGAAAAUUUCAUCUGUGCAGUUGGGAGUGACAGCAUAUCAAGAAUAUGGAGUCUUUCUGAUGCAAAGUUACUUCAUGAGCUCCCCCCUCUGUGUCAGACAGAUAAUACUGGGUUAACUCCACCUCUGCCACAGUUGUGCUUCUCUGAGAACUGGGCCAAAAAUACCAGCUUCCCAGCACUCUUGAUGGGCCUUAAAAAUAAAAUGCAUUUCUACUCUUUGUAUUAAAACUCUAGGACUAAUUCACUCAGCAAUUACAUGCCAAGGAGACUGUAUUACACUGUACAGUGUUAGGUAUUUGUUUCCAUCGAUCAAUAUUUAAUGUUUUGUUUUGAGAAGUGCAGUUUUAGCAACUGUUCACAUGUCUGUCUUAAAUAUAUGUAUACAGUCCAUUCUGUGGUUACCCAUCCAUUCUGCAAUAUGUCUUAAACACAGAAAUGUUGUAGAUAAUUAGAAUACAUGAAUAUUAAUAAAACAUUAAUUUCAAGUUUAGGUUUAAAUAA